CGGCUGUUGACACGGGACUGGGACAGACACUGAGGGGGCGGCGGGAGAAGCGCGGACGGACCUGAGUGGGUUUUUUACUCCUUUCCUCCAGACAGCGGGUCGCCUCCUCGGGUAAGGUCGCCUCUUCGUGUCGGCAGCUGGAAGAGUUUAUUCUGGAGCUCGGCUCGAACCUCGACACUGUCUGUUCGUUCUGAGACUGUAGGUGUAUGAUGGCGUGCCGUCCUGGCCGAGUGGGCAACUUCUAGCAACAGGAAUUCAGUGACACUGGCAGCCCCCCACCAGGCCAUGCUGUAUCCCUGUGUAUUAACUAGAUUACCAAGCAGCUUCACCUUCUCAACAUUUCUCAGCAUCUGGAACUCUAUGUUCAAAGACAGCCGUAUCACUCGCCCUGCUUCAUGAGCCAGCAGGAUGCAGCUGAGGUCCUCGCACUUUCCGAGCGCCUCCUCAUAGCUUCACACAAGGGACAAGCCGACAAUGUGGUUCAGCUUAUCAACAAAGGUGCAAAAGUAGCCGUCACCAAGUACGGCAGAAGCCCCCUACACCUGGCUGCCCACAAAGGUCACCUUGAGGUUGUGCGGAUCCUUCUGAAAGCUGGAUGCGAUCUGGACAUUCAAGAUGAUGGGGAGCAGACAGCCUUACACCGUGCUGCCGUGGUGGGAAACACUGACAUUAUCAGCGCACUCAUCCAGGAAGGGUGUGCACUGGAGAGACAGGAUAAGGAUGGGAACACUGCUCUUCACGAGGUUUCCUGGCAUGGAUUCAGUCAGUGUGUGAAACUGCUGGUGAAGGCUGGAGCCAACGUUCACGGCAAAAAUAAGGCUGGGAACACAGCUCUCCACCUGGCCUGUCAGAACGGUCACACCCAGAGCUCCAAGGUUCUGCUGCUCGGUGGAUCCCGACCUGACAGCCAAAACCAUGCAGGCGACACCUGUCUGCAUGUGGCAGCUCGGUAUAAUCACGUGGCUAUGCUGCGCAUCCUGCUGGGAGCCUUUUGUUCAGUAUCAGAGAAGAACAUGGUUGGAGACACACCACUCCAUGUGGCAGCUGCCCUGAACCACAAGAAGACUGUUCGUGUGUUACUGGAGGCUGGAGCAGACAGUCAUAUUCAAAACAAUGCAGGUCAGACUGCUUUGGACCAGGCCAGAGAUCACAACAACCCAGAGGUGGCUCUGCUUCUAACCAAGGCUCCCCAGGUACAGAGCUUCAUGCGCGGCAGGACUGUGAGAAAGAGAAGAGAGAAGCUGAAAGCAGAACGCCGAGCGCGGUCGGUGCCCAGAGAUGAGAUGCUGAGCUGUAAUGACAGUGCGUCUGCUGCAGACGGCACCCAGAGCAGCGACCCAGCAGCUCCACUGGCAGAGGCAAACAGCAGACGAGAGAAGGCCAGGAAGCAGAAAGAAAAGCCAUCUUUGUCCGAACCUCUGCGCCGCAGAGAGAUCGGGAGGAAAAACAAAACACAUGGAGCCUCCCCUUAUGGAUCCAUUCCACCUCACAACUAUAAAGCUUAUCAGCUCUACACACUCUACAGGGGCAAGGAUGGCAAAAUCAUGCAAGCUCCAUUGAAUGGCUGCCGCUGUGACCCACUGCUCAGUAAACUGGAGAACCAGCUGGAGGCCACCAAGGAGGAGAUGAAGACAGAGAUCCACGCCAUGGAAGACCUGGUCAACAAAAAGAUGGGUCAGCUGGACCGCAAGAGCAAACACCAGAUCCGAGCUCUGGAUAAGAUGACAGUGGAAAGAGUUUCUGCAGAGAAGAGUGAGUGUGUGCAGAGGAUGGAGCACUGGGCUCUGCAGGAGCGACUGGAAGCAGAGAAGAGACAGCAGACGUCUCUGGCUACUGAGCUGAAGAGCUGGUGUCUGUCCAAACUACAGAACAUGGAGGUCCGCUUCAUGGGAGACUCUGGCACCAAGCUGCAGCGCUCCUCCUCUCUGGCUGAUGAUCUGUGUGAAGCUGAUGGCGCCAGCAGCACCGUGCAGCCUGCUGAGCUGGGCUGCAGCUCCCCGCUCCCACAGCCCAGCUGGGCUGAAGCCAGUAAGGUGGAGGGCGGCUCGGCCAGCCACUACUUUGUGGUUCAUGCGGAGAACUCUCCAGAUGGUGAGAAGGAGCAUAAGACAGAGGCUGCAGCACCGUCAUCUGUCCAGGUGGUCCGGCCUAAGGAGCGCUCUGCAGACACUCAGAGGAAAAAACAGAACCUGCAGAGAGCGGGCCUGGCGGACCCAAAGGCUGCUGGCAGACCGAGGCACAGAGCCAGCAGCCUGUCUCCGGCCACAGGGCGGCGCUGCAGCAGCAGAGAUGCAGAGAGAGGCCGAGUCAGAGUCAGGCAGCGUGAAAAGCAUGCAGGCGGCAGGACCAGGUCAAGGGGAGAUACGGGGGUCCGGACUAUGGAACUGCUCAGAGACCCCUCUGGUGGGCCGACCUUUGCCCAGGAGAGGGACAGCAUGCAUGCUGUGGAGGUGACCCAGUACUUCUUCGAGGCCGUGUCCACCCAGAUGGAGCGCUGGUAUGAGAGGAAGGUGCAGGAGGCUCGCUGGCAGGCUGACCAGAGGGCUCAGGCCGACAAGGCAGCUCUGGUCCAGAGGAUCGCUCACCUGGAGGAGGAGCUCCGUGUUCUGAGGACAAGUCGCCAUGACGACUACUAACACACCUCUUCAGAACA